GGUGCAGCUGAUAAAUGAACAUAAGAACAAUGGCAUCCAACAAACCAGUCAAUGGCGUCGUCCAGCCACCGACUGUGCAGCGGUUGGAUCGACCGGGACGCCAUACAAAUCAACUGGAAUAUAUCUUAAAAACGGUUAUGAAGUCCUUGUGGAAUCAUCAUUAUGCGUAUCCCUUCCAACAGCCGGUCAAUGCGAAAAAACUAAAGCUGCCCGACUACCAUGAUAUCAUUAAACAGCCAAUGGACUUGGCUACGAUUAAGAAGCGAUUGGCGAACAGUUACUAUUGGUCCGCCACGGAGGCUGCCGCCGAUAUAAACUUGAUAUUCACCAAUUGUUCCCUGUACAAUAAGCCCACAGAGGAUGUUAUCAUUAUGGCCAAAGUGCUCGAGAGUGUCUUUCUGCAGGCAAUCAAAGAUAUGCCCAAGGAGGAGCUCGAACUGGGGUCCGUCGCGGUCAAGCGGGGCAACAAAAAUCAACGCGCACCGACCUCCCCUAAAACAGCAGCAUCUGCGGCGGCAGCGAUGGCAGCCGUCCAAAGCGCAAAUAAUAGCAGGAAUAGCAGCAACAGCAUCAGCACCAAGAGUAAGAAUUUAACACUGGCAGCAACAACAGCAAAAACAGCAACAGCAACAACGACAGGAAGAGCGUCAGAAUCCUCCAGGGCACAAAAGCUGGUGGCGGUAGCAGCAGCGGCAGCCCAAGUCCAGGCAGCAGCAUCAGCAUCAGUAGCAGCUGCAAAAGUGCUGGCAGCGGCUGUUGCAGCAUUGGAUGGUGAUGCCAUAGUGGCCAUCCAGCCGACUCUGAAUAGUAUGGGUCAAAAUGCCGUCCAGCCCGUCCAAAUGCAGAAGGGCGUCAAACGAAUUGCGGACGCGAAUGCAUUUGAAUCGCACAUGGCCAAGGUGGCCAAAACAGCCAUGAGGCAGGACGAUAAUUGCCAGGAAGAUAAGAGCCAUAACUGAUGCAAAAGUUUCUCCUUUAUCGCUUUAUCGCACUACGUGGUUCUCGUGCUUACUUUUCCGAGUCUUUCGCAUCGUUGUCAACUGCUAUUGCCAAGGCUCUUAUGAUAAUAUUACAGAUUUGAUCAACUCGACAAAGUGCAUAUAUUCUAGAAUCUAGAUCGGCGUUAAUAGUCAAGUCCAUAUGGCCAUGUCCGCCUCUAUUAUUCUUUAAAUAUCCAUAUUUGUUUCCUGUUAAAUUAUCCAUUAGUACGAUCUGACUACUACAUCAUUUAUAUAACUACCAUAGUUAUCGGUCGGUCGCUUAACUUAACAAUUAAAUAUUU